AUAAAAUGUAGCGCCAGGUGGUCUGUCCUGGUUCGAUGUGUCGAGCUCUUCCGGUACGGAAGCCUCGCACGUCGUGCAGGACGUAGCUAAAUAAUCCACAGGAACGCUGCGGACGUUCUAAGGCUGACUCGUCCACCUCGGGCAUUUUCAUCGGAGCGAUUAGCUCGAAGCGAGAAUGAUGAGGACCGGGCGUGCAUCGAGUCGGACUCAAACCACGGCCAAAGAGUAGGCUUAGUGCGGCAUCAGUUCUACCGAUUUGGUUCGCGGACCGACGAGAUAUGCGCCUUCGUGUUAAUUAAUGCUGAGAGAUGAUUCAAGGUUCGCCAGUGUAACGUUAUCAAACAAAUACAGAGACAGGUCAGCCGACGACGUAUUUUAUCCCCGGACAGGGGUUGUAUCUUUCGCGCAAAAGAAUGAUCGAUAUUCUUUAGCGAUUUCGACUGUUGGAUCGCGCAGCAAGUCGCUUCAAGGUCUGUACAGAGACGGAGGGCGAGCAAAGGCGUUCGGACUGUGCAUUGUGCUUUAAGAAGAUCGUUCGUUCUUUUGCGCAAAAGAUUACAGCCCGAAGGGAUCCUUCCUCGCCACCGACGACUUGCAACUUUAUUCGACCCCUCAAGACUCGUGAGCCCACCACCUCUUCCUUUCUUUUCCUUUCCUACUCUCUUUCUUCCUUUCUUCCCCCGUUAACCACGAGCAAUCCCCCUUCCCUUUCAGUGCCCUGUCUCUCAGCUGCUUUUCAGACGUCUUUUCUGCCACAGACACUCUCAUCCUUCUUCUUCCUCUUCGUUGGAUGGCCUUUGACCUCUUCCAACUCCUCCUCAUGGUGAUCCUAUGAUCAAAUGGCGGCCGUACGAUCAUUCUUCAACGUCUUCCUCUCCCUAUUCCUCCUCCUCUUGCUCAACCUCGGCUGCUGCUGCUCCACGCCAACACCAAACCCCAAUACAGACCAACAACAAUCCCCGCCAAAGAGGAGGAAGAUCUCCCCGCACUCCCCCUCCUCACCUUCCUCCGCCUCCGCUCCAAAAACCCGCAAAGCCCUCUCCCUCUCCGUUCGAUCCUAUCUCGGCCGUCUCUUCUCCUCCUCCUCCUCCCGCAAGCCCAAGGAGGAUCGAUCCCCGCACCUGCUCAUCUCCCCACCGUCUCCUACAAUAACGAAGCCGAUUCCGCUAUCGCCCGAUGUGUCGGCCGAGAAGGCCGCGUCCGUGUCCAAGCCCGAAAUGUCGGCGGCCGUGCAUUCCUCCUUCGCCUCCCGGGGCGACGUCUUCCCCUGCCCGGCCUGCGGCGAGGUCCUGAGCAAGCCCCACCUCCUCGACCUCCACCAGGCCGCCCACCACUCCCUCUCCGAGCUCUCCGACGCCGACUCCGGCAACAGCAUCGUCCGCAUCAUCUUCCUCUCCGGCUGGAGUGGGAAAUCAUCCCCCACCAUCCAUCGCAUCCUCAAGAUCCACAACGCCCCUCGGACUCUCGCGCGGUUCGAGGAGUACCGCGAUACCGUCCGGUCGAGGGCGUCGCGGCGCGGCGGCGACGAGCGCUCCAUCGCGGACGGGAACGAGCGGCUGAGAUUCUACUGCUCCACAAUCCUGUGCUCGCUGGGGCGAGACGGGGUGUGCGGGAGCCCCUAUUGCAGCGCGUGCGGGAUCGUGCGGCACGGGUUCGCGGGGAAGCAGGCGGAGCUGGACGGCAUCGCGACCCACGCUACCAGCUGGGCCGCGCACGUCUCGCUGCCGGAGGACCUGGAGCGCGAGUUCGCCUACCUGCACGUGCGGAGGGCGAUGCUGGUGUGCCGCGUCGUGGCGGGGAGGGUCGCGCGCGACGGCGGAGGCGCGGCGGCGGCGGAGGAGGAGGAGGAGGAGGAGAAGGGGACCUCCCUGUUCGACUCGGUGGUGCCGGCUGGGCGGAGCGGCGGGGACGAGGAGCUGCUGGUGUUCAAUCCCAGGGCGGUGCUGCCGUGCUUCGUCAUCAUAUACGCUGCAUGAUCUCACGUGAACCGUCCGACACCCAGUCGGUGAUGUGUGGGUCCUAGUAGCACAAAAAAACUUAACGGUGGUUGAUUAGCUUGCGUUGCGUGUUUGUCUAGAUCUGACGGCUAAGGGUGUCGCGGCACGUUAGGAUGUUCGUCAGUUCUUUCAAAUAAUAAUGGUAUUUUACAAAGUAAGUAGAGAAUUAGAAAAACUAUAAUGUGUGUCAUGUAUUAUUUGGUGGUUGUUCCAUUCGCCAUAGUUGGAGCAUAUACAUAGCAGGCUGGAUCAGGCUGUCCUUCAGUCAAGCCUAUCUUUAUUUUGCUUUUGAGAUGUAUCAUAUUUCACAUCUGAUAUUUUAAGGUCUUCUGUAGUGCCUUUCUGGUA